AUGAACAAUAAUUAUAACAAUGUUAUCACCAACAAUAUUGAUGAUGUAAACAACAAUCAUACCAAUGGUGACAACCUUAACAACAACAUCAACAACACCAACAACAACAUCAACAAUAAUAACAACAACAACACUGUAGAUACCAAUGCUACAACCCACAGCGCAAAUAUCAGUUGCAAUUGGAACAUCAUCAAUAGUGACAACCCUAACAACAACAUCAACAACACCAACAACAACAUCAACAACAACAGCAUCAACAAUAACAACAACAACAACAACAACAACAGUGUCAACACCGUAGAUACCAACGCUAUAACCCACAGCGCAAAUAUCACUUGCAAAUGGAACAUCAUCACAAGAAGCAAGAAGAACCACAGCGAUGAUAAUAAUAAUAAUAACGUUAACAACAACAAUAAUAAUAAUAAUAAUAACGUUUUUAAAUAUUGUUAA